GCCGCCCGAGGCAGGCGGGCGGACCGCCGAGCGCCGCGCCGCCUCCCGCGCCGCCCGCCCGGAGCCGCCCGCCAGCACCGCCGCCAUCUCCCGGCCGAGCCCGCGGGGCGGGGCGCUCGCAGCCCCUCCGCUCCGCCGCCCGCCUCCUCCGGCCUCGGCGCCAUGGCCGCCCCCGUGCUCCGGCGCGCCGUGCUCUGCAGCGGGAGCGCCCUCGGCGCGGCCCCAGGUCGAAGAUCUCUUCUUUCUUCAGCCUAUGUGGAUAGCUCAAAAUGGGAAAAGAGGAAAAAAGAGGAGCAUAGCCUGGCUGACUUAGCCCACUUAAUGGACAGAACCUAUGAAAGAAAACUGCCUGUCAGCUCUUUGACAGUAGCCCGGUUUGUGGACAACAUUUCUUCACGAGAAGAAGUGGAUCAGGCCGAAUACUACCUUUACAAGUUUCGGCAUAGCCCAAAUUCCUGGUACUUGAGAGACUGGACCAUUCACAGCUGGAUCAGACAGUGCUUAAAAUAUGGCGCUCAAGAUAAAGCCUUAUACACAAUACAAAACAAAGUUCAGUAUGGAAUUUUUCCAGAUAAUUUUACAUUCAAUAUUUUGUUGGAUUGCUUUAUAAAGCAGAAGAAAUAUGAAGAUGCUAUGUCAGUAGUAACAGAGAUUAUGCUUCAAGAAAGUUUUGAUGAAUCAUCAACACAGCUUCUUUCUCUCUAUGUUUUGUACCAGUACCUGGCAGCCAAGUCUGAACAUACGUGGGAAGAAGAGAGAAAUAUUGGAGCUUCGCUAUUGCUUACGGGUCUAAAGCAAAGUAACACUGUGGGUUUUAGUUCCCAGCUCUAUGGCUAUGCAUUCCUUGGGAAGGUGGAGUUGACGAAAGGAUUAAGAGCUGUAUACAAUCUAAUGCCCCUGAUGUGGACACCGGGGUAUCUGAAUAGAGCCUUGCAAGUGAUGGAGAAUGUGGCUUCGUUGUCAGGGGACAUCAAAAUCUGUAAAGAGGCUAUUGAUGUCUUGGAGACCAUUUUGCAGUCUGUCCUUGAAACUAAACCUGAUGCAGAAUCUGCUGAAGAAGCCAAAAAAUUAGAGCAGAAGUCACAAUAUGCAGAGUCAGAAGAAACAGAGCAAUCUAAAGUACCUGAGUACUACAGCCGAUUCAAGGAGCUGUACUCCAAACUCCAUUCACUUGGCAAGGUUGAAUCCGAAAGCCUGUUAACCCUGACCACCCAACUUGUCAAGCAGAAACUGCCAGAAUGUGAAGUGGAAGAUAUUGCAAAAUAUGAGCAGAACCUCAAGAAGUGGGAAGAACUACAAGUACUUCUCAUUGAGAGAGAAAGAGAGAUGAGAGAACAGGCUAAGCAGGAAAUGGAAGCUAGGAAGCUAGCUAAAGCAUCUGCUUAGUACUGGAACUAGGAAUGCAGUGGUGUGCACUCCUCUGUCAGUGAACUGAAGUGCUCACCAUUAUUAUUAUUUCACUUCAAUCAUGCUGCAGGUGUGACUGCUGUAUGCAAAUUAAGCAUCCCAUUUUCUCUCUUUCCUGAAGUAAAGCACAUGUGGUUUAGAAAUCUUCA